UACUACGCAAGCCGCCUUCGGGCGCAUAUCGAAUCAAUAUGGCAUCUGCGAAUCGCCAAGGGCGGAUGCAAAACUACAUCAACUACCGGAUGCGCGCAACACUUAAUGACGGACGACAACUGGCGGGUCAAAUGCUCGCAUUUGACAAGCAUAUGAACCUUGUUCUGGCCGACACCGAAGAAUUCCGACGAGUGAAAAGGAAGCCUCAGAAAUCCGCGCCUGGCUCGAGCACCGAUCUUGUCGAGCAAGAAGAAAAACGUGCAUUGGGUCUCACCAUUGUACGGGGAACGAAUGUCAUAUCACUUACCGUCGAAGGCCCGCCACCCGCCGACCCUUCAGCACGAUUGGGAGGCGGAGUUCCUACCGGCGCUGGCGCGACGUUGGCAGCGGGACCCGGAAUCAGCAAACCGGCUGGGAGGGGGUUGCCAGUCGGCUUAACAGGCCCUGCCGCGCUGGGUGGCCCGCCUGUUGGGUUCCCACCGGGUGCAUCACCGUUCCCUGGGCCGCCACCAGGCUUUGCCGGUCGUGGUGGGCCUCCGGGAGCUCCUCCAUUUGCACCGCCCGGUUUUGGUGGUCCUGGCGGUCCUGGCGGUCCUGGCGGUCCUCCCGGCUUCCCACCUCCAGGAUUCCAGCCUCCUGGUCAAGGCCGAGGAUUCCCUCCUGGGAUGGGACGAUAGUUGGUAAUGCUGGGAAUCAAUCUCAUAGCAGUUCAGAGAAACCUGAGCCCCGCCGGCUCGAAGAUCCAUGUCCAUGCGAUGGAAGACUAUCCUGUUUGGGUGCAUAACGGCUCUUCAGGCCUUCAUUACGACUAUCUAAUGUAUGUGCACUGCCUAAAUCCAGGAGUUUCACUUGAUCGAACACUGCAUCUCAGCUGGAUGAUGUGCAUCCUUUACUGGUUGAGUUGGCAAUGGGAGAGUGGCUCGGCAAAGGGGGAUCGGUCAUAAGGGUGGAGUAUACAAGGAAACCAUUGAUUUAGCGAAUAAAAUCAGGCACUGAGUUACUCGGUAUUCUCCCUCCGUAUCUUUGCAC